UUACUUGACAUGGCUGCCGAAGAAGCCGCAGCAGCUAAAAUAAUGGGAAAUAAGUAUAGGUCUUUCUUAUAUGGUGAAGGAGAGAAGAGUACUGAGUGGAGACAUGGAGGCCCUCCUGCAUUUGAUGAGGUCGACAAGCUAUUUGAAGAAGGCAGGACUAAGGAAUGGCCAAAAGGGUCACUGGAAGAAACAGUACAAAAUGCUUUGAAGUCAUGGGACAUGGAGUUCUCACACAAGACCCGCUUGAAGGAUUGCAAGACCAUUAACCCUGACAAGUUCAAGCUCUUCAUUAAUGGAAGAGAGGGAUUAACCGGGGAAGAAAUUCUUAGGCUUGGGACCUACAAUGCCUUAUUGAAGAACUCUCUGCCAAAGGAGUUCCAGUACUACAAACCAGAAGAAGAGACAUUUGAAUCAUCUCAUAAAGCUUUUCGAUCAACUUUUCCUCGUGGGUUUGCAUGGGAAGUGCUUGCUGUUUACACUGGACCUCCUGAAAUUGUUUUCAAGUUCAGGCACUGGGGUUUCUCUGAGGGACCCUUUAAAGGACAUGCUCCCACUGGAGAGAUGGUUCAAUUUUCUGGAUUGGCUACUCUCAAGGUUGACGAAUCUCUGAGGGCAGAAGAGGUGGAGCUCUACUACGAUCCGGCUGAGCUAUUUGGAGGCCUUCUAAAGGGACCACCCAUCUCUGAGUCCCACAUCGACCACGAAGCUAAUAAAAACUCAGGCGCUACUCAUGGCUGCCCAUUCUCCAGACAAAUAGUGGGAACAAAUUCAAACGAGUGAAGCAAACCAAACAAAAAGUUAAUAAGA